AGCAAAUCUCAAGGUGUAUAAUAGUUGCACUAGCACCCUAUAAUAAUAGUAAAAAAAACAGAGACUUUUUUUCACUCUUACAAUAUUAAUAGUUAGAUGGCUUCACGAGCUACUUCUAAAAUAGCAAUGGUGAAUUGUGUGGACUUGUGACUUGUGAUUGGGAUCCAUGCUUACAUAUAUUUACAAAUCUUAUUACACUCUCCACUAUUCCCUUCUCAAGUUCUCAUCUUUCUCUCUCAAAAAUCAUCCCCAACACCGCGUUUUAGCCCAAGCUGUGUGUACAGAAACCAGAGACAAAUUCAGACAUUCAUCCGUAGGUAUUCAGAAGAAGGACUAAUAAGCUGGAGUGAGUGAAGUGUUGUGUCUGAAAAAGAGGAAUUGAGAAGGAGGAAGGAAAUGGCGGGUUUGAGGUGAGCUAAGCAAAGAGGUACAGGAUAAAACAACGGAGGUAAAAGGCAAUUCAAGAAGAAGAGAAAUAAUCCUCGAAUUGGGGAUUUCAUUCACUCAUUCCUUGUAGAAAGGUACUACCCAGAGUGUAAAUUUUUUCUUUUUCUGCUUUUGCGCAUCUAUUUUCUGAAUUGGGAUUGGGGUGGUCUGUCGGAAAGAUUGGUUUUUUAAUGUUGGCAAAUGGGUUGUCGGUGAUUUUUGAUUCCUGGGUUUUGUUUUGGCUGUUGUUUAGCAAGUCGGUGUGAGCUGAAUUCACCAUAACUGUUACACCUGUUUAUUGUUCUUGCCUUGUUUGGUAAGGCAAGAUCUCAUUGAUGCUUAUGUACUGUGGUUCCGUUAUCCCGAUCAGAUUACCUGUUUGUUUUCUCAUUUCUUUUCACAAAUUGCAAUUCUGCAGUGUUUUAGUCUUUUGUUAUGCAUUACUCUUAUUAAAUUACUCGCAAAGGUUCAAAUUUUGUCAUGUUCGGUUCUCAAGUUACUUAGUGGGAUCUGUUCUGGAAGUUGGGGAAAUAGAUCUUGUCUGGGCAAAUACCCAUUUUCUGUUUCUGAUAAAGUAGGAUUUUAUUGUGGAAAGGUGCCUUCUUUUCUUUAAUAUAUAAAUUAGUAUGAUUUGGUUACUGGGUUUUUCAGGCGUGACGAUGUCAAGGCCACUCCAUCGUGGUAUAUCAGGUGGGGCACGGUCUCCAGGCAAUAUUCAUGAUUCAUGGGAGGAUUCUCAGAUGAAAGAUAAAGCAGAUAAGGAAGAUGUUGAUCGGAAAACCGCCAAUGCGGAUUCUAGCUAUCUAUCAAUUAGGCAGCAUUUCCGGCUUCUGUUCCCAGAUAAUUCAUCUUCUAAACAAAAUUUGAUUGAGAAUGGAUUUGCUUCGGAUCCUUUUAGCCCUGGAACAUUAAGGAAUAGGCAUAAGUUUACUCUGUUUUUGCUCAGGUUGAGCUUAGUAGUUAUCGUGAUUCUUGCCCUUAGUGGAUCCUUUUGGUGGACAUUAGCUAUAACGACCUCUUCUAGAGGUCAGAUAUAUCGUGGGUACCGUCGGCUUCAGCAAGAACUAGUAUCUGACUUGGUGGACAUAGGAAAAUUAUCUAUUGGUUCAAAUAGAUUGAAAGAGCUGGAUUAUUGUCUUCCAGAGUCUGAGAACUAUGUUCCUUGCUUCAACGUUACAGAAAAUCUUGCUUUAGGUAUGUCUAAAGGCGAAGAGUAUAACCGCCAUUGUAGACCAGGUUCAAGGCAAAGUUGUUUGGUUCAGCCGCCUGUCAAUUAUAAGAUCCCUCUUCGCUGGCCUUGGGGAAGAGACCUUAUAUGGGUGGCAAACAUAAAUAUUACCGCUCAGGAGGUUCGUUCCUCUGGAAGUUUGACCAAAAGGAUGAUGAUGUAUGAUGAAGAUCAAAUAUCCUUUCGUUCAGCAUCUCCUGGUUAUGAUGAUAUGGAAGAUUAUGCACAUCAAAUUGCUGAAAUGAUUGGGCUCAGGAAUGAAUCCAACUUUAUUCAGUCUGGGGUUCGGACUAUGUUGGAUAUUGGUUGUGGCUAUGGAAACCUCGGGGCACAUCUCUUCUCAAACGAGUUGUUGACAAUGUGUAUUGCCAACUAUGAGGCUUCUGGAAGUCAAGUUCAGCUAACACUGGAAAGAGGUCUUCCGGCAAUGAUUGGUUCAUUUACUUCGAAACAGCUGCCUUAUCCAUCUCUGUCGUUCGACAUGAUACACUGUGCUGGCUGUGGUAUUGAUUGGGAUCAGAAAGAUGGUAUUCUGUUAAUUGAAGUUGAUAGGGUGCUACGGCCUGGUGGAUAUUUUGUCUGGACUUCACAACUGGCUAGUUCCCAACAAUUCCUGCACAAGAAAGAGAACCAGAAAGAAUGGAAUUUUGUGCAUGGUUUUGCUAAAGGUCUAUGUUGGGAUAUGUUGUCACAGCAAGUUGAUACAGUUGUUUGGAAAAAGACUACUAAAAAGAGCUGCCCAGCCAGGUCUGGUUCUGGUCCUCCUCUGUGCAGUCGAGCCCAUGAUAUUGAAACUCCGUAUUACCGACCACUCCAGGGAUGUGUUGGAGGAACACAAAGUCAGCGAUGGAUUUCAAUUGAAGAAAGGAGUAAGUGGCCAGCCAAGUCAAGAUUGAACGCAAAAGAACUUGCACCUCAUGGUUUGAACUCUGAUGACCUUGCUGAAGAUUCUUUGAAAUGGCAAUCCGCAGUUCAAAAUUACUGGUCUUUGCUCUCACCAUUAAUAUUUUCUGAUCACCCGAAAAGACCUGGCGAUGAAGAUCCCUCUCCUCCUUUUAACAUGGUUAGAAAUGUGUUAGACAUGAAUGCACACUUUGGUGGAUUCAACAUGGCAUUAUUAGAAUCGAAGAAAUCUGCGUGGGUGAUGAACGUCAUUCCAACAACUGCAAACAACCAUCUUCCUUUGAUUCUGGACAGGGGACUUGUUGGGGUUUUACAUGACUGGUGUGAAGCAUUUCCAACAUAUCCAAGAACUUACGACCUCGUGCAUGGAAAAGGAAUUUUGUCUCUUGAAUUUGUUGAGAAACAUAGAUGUGAAAUGAUCGACGUAUUCACUGAGAUAGAUCGCAUACUUCGGCCUGAGGUAUCUACUCUCCCUUUCUCUAAGCUCCCAAGGUCUAAUAAACUAUGAACACAUGUCAAUAUUAAGUGGAUAAUUUUGUAUUUGAAGUGUCUCCAUGUGAACUGUUGAUGUAGUUUUCCAAGUGCUAUAUCUUAACAUAUUUGGUAGGCAACUUGUUUAAUGUACUCGCCACAAUGUCGCCACAUAUUUUUUGAACUGUUUGCUUACUUAGCACCCCAUGUAGAAGGUAUGGAAUGACUUUUAUUUUCUUAGUUUGCUCAUUUUCGUUAAUCUGGAAUCCUGCUAUGCAGGGGUGGGUCAUUCUACGAGAUGCUGUGCAUCUUAUUGAGUCUGCCAGAGCUCUGACGACACGUUUGAGAUGGGAUGCACGAGUAGUGGAGAUUGACAACAACAGUGAGGAAAAGCUCUUAAUCUGCCAGAAACCUUUCAUAAAGAGGCAAGCCAUCUAAUCCCGCUUUGGCAGAAAGCUUUAAGCUGGAAGAAGCUGCCAUCAUGUAUUCUAUAUCUUGAAAAAACUCAUCAUUUAGUUCCCCAGAAACGGUGGGAUCAAAAGUUUUGACUAGAGAAGCAGGAAACACAAUUGUUAUUCUGCUUAGGAGGAGCCACAGAUCCAAAAAAAAACAAUCCUAUGGAAAGCCGUAAGGUGUUCAUAGGGCCAUGUAAUUACACAGAAGAGGCACAGCUGAUUCAGAGAAGUAUAGGGAUACACUAAAAAAAGGGGUUUUCUUUGUUGAGGUCUCAUGUCUCAAUUAUACAGCAAAAUGAUAACUUAUAUUGUGGAGUUAUUGCAGAAUAAGCCAAAAAAAAGAAGAAGAAAAGCACUAGUAAUUCUUUUGUUAUUGUAUAGUAAGUUUAAAAACUUUAGCCGGGGCAAUCUCACUUCAAACUUCUUUCCCUUUAUUCCAUUUUUAAUACCAGAGGAUGCCAUUCUUUUUUCCCACUUUUUACUGAUUAUAAUUCCUUCAGCUAACUGUGUUUUGUACUUGUAAUCUUAUAUACAGCGCUCUAGUUCUUGUAAAUUUCUGUUUGAAGUUUGAACUCGAAAGGACGGGAUUAUAUAUAGGUCAAAUCACUUUCAAAUUACAGUCUUCCAAAAUUUGGC